GGGUCACGCAGGGAGAUGCAGGACAAGCGCCGGGAGGGGCACGAGGGAAGCUGGGGGCCGACGUGACCCGUACCCGCGGGGGCUAAGGCGGGCAGAACGAGCUGGUAGCUAGGCUUCGGGGGCGGCCCGUGGGGCCAGGAGACCCCUCCCCGGGCGCGGCGGCGGCGGCGGCGGCGGCGGCGGCGGCGGCUACCCGGCUGCGCAGGCUGCACCGCCCCGGCUGUCAAGCGAGCGCGGGGGGCGGGCAGGAGGAAGGGGUGGAGGUGCAAGGGGAGGAGGGCUGGCACCGGAGCGCCGCGGUGUCGGUGCAAUAAAAAUGCAUCCCAUGGAACUGCCCAUGGAGAAGGACGGGACCGAGACGCGGCAGCGAGAGGAGGUGGUAAAAGCGGAGGAGGACGCCCAGGAGGCAGCGGCGGCGGCGGCGGCGGCGGCCGGGAAGUGAAAGGUCUCGCAAAGUUCAGCGGCUGCUGCGGGCGCCGAGCCCCGGGCUAGCGGCGGAGGAGCCCGCGGGACGCUCCGCAGGGGCUGCGCGGCCAGGCCGGCUAUGGUCCGGGGGCUCCCGUCGCCCCCGAGGUGCCCGGGCCCCUCCAGGCCGGUGCGCGAGGGUCACCCCACCGCCCGGCGCGGCCCCGGCCCGCGGCUCCCUGCAGCCGGCGCCCGCUGACCGAGCCUGGCGCCCCAGGAGGGGGAAGAAAUAAAGAGCCCCAGUUCUUCCUGAGGACUGUUGGCGCUUCAUCCCACAACCGAGAGGGCUCAGCUCCCUCGCGCACCCGCCCGGCCCGGGUCCUCCCGGCUCGUCCCGGCCAUGGGGAGCUGCGCGCGGCUGCUGCUGCUAUGGGGCUGCUCGGCGGUGGCCGCAGGACUGAGUGGAGUAGUUGGAGUGAGUUCCCGCUGUGAAAAAGCCUGCAACCCUCGGAUGGGGAACUUGGCUUUAGGGAGAAAACUCUGGGCAGACACCACCUGUGGUCAGAACGCCACCGAACUGUACUGCUCCUAUAGUGAGAAUGCUGAUCUGACUUGUCGGCAGCCCAAAUGUGACAAAUGCCAUGCUGCCCAGCCUCACCUGGCUCACCUGCCUGCCGCCAUGGCGGACUCAUCCUUCAGGUUUCCUCGCACGUGGUGGCAGUCUGCUGAGGAUGUGCACAGAGAAAAGAUCCAGUUAGACCUGGAAGCUGAAUUCUACUUCACUCAUCUAAUUAUGGUGUUCAAGUCCCCCAGGCCAGCAGCCAUGGUGCUGGACCGGUCCCAGGACUUUGGGAAGACAUGGAAGCCUUACAAGUACUUUGCAACUAACUGCUCAGCUACGUUUGGCCUGGAAGAUGAUGUCAUCAAGAAGGGAGCUAUUUGCACUUCGAGAUACUCCAAUCCUUUUCCAUGCACUGGAGGAGAGGUUAUUUUCCGAGCUUUGUCACCGCCAUACGAUGCAGAGAACCCUUACAGUGCCAAAGUGCAGGAGCAGCUGAAGAUCACCAACCUCCGCGUGCAGCUGCUAAAACGGCAGUCUUGUCCCUGUCAGAGAAAUGACCUGACUUCAAAGCCUCAACAUUUUACACAUUAUGCAAUCUAUGAUUUCAUCGUCAAGGGCAGCUGCUUCUGCAACGGCCAUGCUGAUCAAUGCGUACCUGUUGAUGGCUUCAGACCGGUCAAGGCCCCAGGAGCAUUCCACGUGGUCCAUGGAAAGUGUAUGUGUAAGCACAACACAGCAGGUACCCACUGCCAACACUGUGCACCAUUAUACAACGACCGCCCCUGGGAAGCAGCUGAUGGCAAAACAGGAUCUCCUAAAGAGUGCAGAACCUGCAAGUGCAAUGGGCAUGCUGAUGCCUGUCACUUUGACAUUAAUGUGUGGGAGGCAUCAGGUAAUCGCAGCGGUGGUGUCUGUAAUGACUGUCAGCACAACACAGAAGGUCAGCAUUGCCAACGAUGUAAGCCAGGCUUCUACCGGGACCUCCGGAGACCCUUCUCUGCUCCAGAUGCUUGCAAAAGUGAAAACUGCUCAACUGAUGGAAACACAGUGCCUAGAGUGGUUGUUCAACCGCUAGCGAAAAUAACUGAUAGUAGAAGGAAAGGAGAAAACAGUACCAAAAAAGUGUGUUCCUGUCAUCCAGUUGGAUCAGCUGUCCUUCCUUUCAACUCGGUGACCUUCUGUGACCCCAGCAAUGGUGACUGCCCUUGCAAGCCUGGGGUGGCAGGGCCACAUUGUGACAGGUGUAUGGUGGGGUACUGGGGCUUUGGAGACUACGGCUGCAGGCCCUGUGACUGCGCAGGGAGCUGUGACCCACUCACAGGAGACUGCAUCAGCAGCAGCACAGACAUAGACUGGUAUCAAGAAAUUCCUGACUUCCAUUCCAUGCACAAUAAAAGCGAGCCAGCCUGGGAGUGGGAGGAUGAGCAAGGAUUUUCUGCACUUCGACACUCAGGUAAAUGUGAAUGUAAAGAACAGGUGUUAGGAAACUCCAAGGCAUUCUGUGGAAUGAAAUAUUCAUAUGUGAUAAAAAUAAAGAUUUUAUCAGCUCACGACAAAGGGUCUCAUGCUGAGGUCAAUGUGAAGAUAAAAAAAGUCUUAAAAUCUACCAAAUUGAAAAUUUUACGAGGAAAACGAACAUUAUAUCCAGAAUCGUGGACUAACAGAGGCUGCACUUGUCCAAUCCUCAAUCCUGGUUUGGAGUACCUUGUGGCAGGACAUGAAGAUGUAAGAACAGGCAAACUAGUCGUGAAUAUGAAAAGUUUUGUCCAGCACUGGAAGCCAGCCCUUGGAAGAAAAGUCAUGGAUAUUUUAAAAAGAAAGUGCAAGUAGCAACAAAGGUAUAUAGCACAUAAUGACACUUCUCUAUGUAGAAAACACAAGCUUAAUGGAAAGGAGACCUCAAAAACAAAACUGGAAUUUUUUAAGUGCCAAAAUAUAUAGAAAUAUUCCAAUGCAUGGGCCUAGUCUAACCUGUCUCUUUGGGGGCCAUGUUUAAAUACAGUUUGUUUUAUAAAGACAAAUGAAAAAUCCUACACUGAUAACUGCCUCCUAUGGGACUGAUUCUGUAAUUCAUAACUAUUCAGAGUAUUUUUAAUAGCAGUAUGAUAUUUAGCAGUAAUGCAUUAAGAGGAGUACAUCUAACAAGGACUCCUUCCAGCUUCAGAUAUGUUACUUCUAUUUGUGCUACUUAAAGUAAUUAAGGAGAUUUUAAGGACUCCCCAACCCUACUAUCAAAAAAAGGUUUUUCUUAAAAAAGAGCCUGCCUUUGUGUGAUGUGUGUGAACUUUGGUCUAUGGAGUGUUAAAUGGAAUCUCUCCACAUGUAUAUACUAUUUCCUUGUAUAAAGCACUUUACUACCUACCACUUGUGUUGGGAAAGUUGGAAGACCAUGGUUGACAGAAAGAAAAAUAAAGGGCGUGUAAGAAAACCUACUGAAACAGAAGCACUGUCACUACGUGUGGACAAAAGGAAGUUGUACGUGUUAGCUCUGAACACUUGGAAAAAACCCAAAAGGAGAACAUGUUUGCAUAUGAAGUCUCAGCUUCAGGCUAGAGGUUAGAUUCCACAGAUACCAGCCAUGAUGAAAAAUUUUUUUAAAAACUAAACAAAAUGAGACUUUAAAAUAAGAGGAAGAAGAAAUCUUAAGAGUAGAAAUAUGCUUGGAUGAAAAGGAAAUGGACUUUAAAUUUUUAAAAGCUCAUUUAUUUGCAAUGCACUUGUAUACACGGCAGAAAUUAUUGUAGACACAGAAUUUGUUUUAUUUUUCUGUUUAGUAUUUAAACCUGAAUGUUGGAACAGUUUCCUCCUUAUCUUUAUUAACAGUAUAUGGCCAUUACACUUACUCAUUUUUUUGACACAGUGUAUGUGAUAGUUCACCAAACUACAGUUUUCAUUAUUACUCAUAUUCCGUACCCAUGCACAACCACAAUACAUACAGUUUCUUCUGUACUUGAAUAUACAAAACAUAAACCACAGUGUCAUAAGAUUAACUUCACAUACAGAACAUAUUUUUUUUCCUGAGGUCCUGUGGACUUGCAAAAUAUAUAUAUAUAUAUUGCUCUGUUAAUUUUUUAUAUUUCAUAUAUGUAAUAAAGGAAUAUGAUUUCCUGA